GGGAGAGGGGUACAGAGAGAGAGAGCGAGAGGCAGGAGAGCAGUCAGACGGGGAAGGAGCAGGGAAAAGGGGGACAAAUACACACACACAAGGACAGAAUACAUAACGGCUGGAAGAAAAUAAGGAGCAGGAGGGAAACUCUACAGGCUUGGAGAGACCACAAAGAAGACACGAUGGGGAAAACUAGAAGGUGGCUGCACCAUCUGUUGCCAAAGGGAGAAGAAUGUUAACGAAUCAGACCAGAGCACCGGUGCAGCCUGCAGUCUGCGGUGAGAUGCAUGAAACCUCUCCUGAAUGCUCACUGAAGACUUACCUGCAAAACUGGAAAGAGUAAGGAUGACACAAGGCUGCAGAUACUUAGAAUGGAGAGUCCUCAGCUAAAUGACGGGUGAGCUUCCAGUAAGAGAGUUAAACCACAUGAUUCUGCUGGAGCUGACCCAGGGAAGCUGCCUUCCUAUUAACUUCCUGUGACAACCUGAACAUCUGUGUUUUUUGUGAAAUCUACUGUGAAAAUUCUACAGUGUUUUAAUCGGAUUCUGUUUACACAUUUCAAGAUAUUUUAGAAAAUAUCAGUUUUAGCACAAGCGAUGCAAACCCCAGCCUCCAUGGUGAUGGGGAUUGUCUUUGCACCUUUGGGACUUGUCCUGGUCUUUACCGCUGCCAUCACCCCUCAGUGGCGGGAAGGACAGGCCCGUCUGAACAUUGGAGGAACAGGGUCUGUUCUCCGAUCAGGAGCAAAGGGUCAGGGCCUGGGUGUCAGGUCCGGGUCCAUGGAGGCCCUGCUCUUGCUGCGCUCUGAUGGCCUAUGGGAGAGCUGCUUACAGGUUGAGCAGCCAGAGCUGAAGCAGUGCUGGCCUGUAACUGGUCCAUAUCAAAGAGAUGCUCGAGUUCGGCUCGUGCAAGGCCUGGUGCUUACCUCAUUGUUCCUGUGUGGCAUUGGCAUAGUUCUGGCUUGCAUUGGGGUCCGAUGCUGGACAGAUCUACCUCUGAGGAGAGUAGCAGCUUCGGGUGGACUCCUUGUAGUGACUGCAGGCCUUCUGAGCCUGACUGGAUUGGGCGUAUACACCCACAACCUCAAGAGAUUGGGGGUGGAUCCCAGUCAAGGACUAAACAACACCAAGUUUCCCCAACUAAGCCUGACUGCAGCCGGAUCGCUCUACUUCGGCUGGCUGGGUUCUUGUUUGCAGGUGUUGGGAGGCGGUGCGCUGUUGUUCAGCUUUAAACGACCAAGAUGUCCGACCUGUCCGUCACGCCAGGAGCAAACGGUUUGCCCUGCAUGCCACUCAUGUCCAGAAAUUACAAGCAAGACAGACAUGGAUGUUUAUGAAGUCAGCUGUUAAAAUGUGAGUGAACACAAAUGUUUAAAACUGAGAUCUUUCCUCUACAAAUCUGCCAGUGGAGGAAAAAAAUAAAUAAAAAAAACAGAUUUUACUUCUGCUCCAUAUUGGAGUCCAGAAAAAUCUAUUGCUAAAUCAGCUCAAACCUGAAAGUACAAUGUUGGCUGUAAAUAUAAAAUGUUGGAUUUUAUAGUAAAAAA